CGCCGGUCUGGGUCAAUUUUUUUUUCGGUUCACCGAGACGUCCAUACUAUACGCGUAUUGUGCAUUUGAACUCGACGACGACGACGACGACGACGACGAUGUACCUACACUAUAACGCGCGUCGACUAUAAUCCCGUUGCCGUCAUCGUGAUUCGUUAUCGCGUUUAAUAAUAUAAUAUAUAAAUCGAAGAUUUACACCUCAACGGUUUAUUUAUCGGUAACGAAACGAAAAUAUUAUGUUUAUGACAUUAUCGUACGCGGCAGCGACGGGCGACCGACGAGUAUAUUAUCUAUUGUGGCGAUAAUAGUGGUGUCGACAUAUUAUUAUUAUAUAAUUAUUACCGUGACAAUUUUUCUAACACGUCUCCCAAGUCUUCGUAAUAACUACACGUCGCCUAUAAUUUUUAUCACGAAACUCUGCCGCCGCCACUGCAGUCAUGUCAUCGCCAAUUGUUGUGCAGCCCUCAACGAAUACGGAUACCCGUCGUACACCCGCAUCGUCUACCGCAGGAUGCACCGCGACGAUCGUCUACUAUAAAUAACGGAUUCGAAUCGGUUCCGGCGACUUUCUUAAGUGCUGUGAUGUGUGACAGAUAGCAACAAUGGCGGUGGGCAAGUAUUACUGAAGCCCACCCCCACCACAACCUGGAGCCCUUAACCCAGGCAUCGCUGGUGCUCACCAUGGCGGUCGCCAUCAUCCUCCUUAAUAUCCUCAUAAUCGCUACGUUCACCAACAUAAGAGGUGGAGGAGAGGUGAUGAAUGUAUACUUGGUGUCACUGGCUCUGGCCGACCUGCUCUACGGUGUGCUCGUAGUGCCAUUUUCCGUGUAUCCAGCACUAGUGCAACAAUGGGUUUAUGGAAAAAUUGCUUGUAGAAUAAUCGGAUAUAUCGAAGUCGCACUAUGGACCGUGUCUGCAUAUACUCUUAUGUGGAUUAGUGUGGACAGGUACAUAGCGGUACGCAAACCAGUCCGGUACUUUACGGUGCAGACGCGCACCAGGUGUCAGUGCUGGAUGGCGUUCACGUGGAUAUCGUCGGCGAUGCUGUGCAGCCCACCGCUGCUCGAGUUCGGUGAUCCGGUAUUCGACCAGGACACGGCGGUGUGCAUGCUCGACUGGCAGGGCAUGGCGGCGUAUUCGGUGACGCUGUCCAUACUGGUGUUGGGGCCCAGUCUGAUCACAAUCCUGUACACGUACGUGUAUAUUUACGGUGCGAUCAGACGGCUGCGACGCGGCUUUCUAGCACACGACAAGGAAUACGUUACAGCGUUAUCUGAAAACUUGUCCAAUCCUACACACGUCACGUCAUUCGUGUUGAUCGUAACGUUUUGGAUUUGUUGGACCCCAUUGAUGUCCAUCAAAGCAUACCAACAACUGGGUGGUGUACCGGCGGUGCCUGGCCAUGUCCGUUUCGCCGCCUUGUGGCUGGGCAUUUCCAACUCGGUGUGGAAGGCGUUUGUGCUCAUAUUUCUUAGUCCGCAGUUCCGCGUCAUGCUCAGAUUGUUGUGUUUGACGGUAUUCUGCAAACGGAAAAGUCGCGCUGAACUUGAGCUACUACAACUCGACAUGGAAGAUCACUUCCUCUAAGUUAAGUAUUAUGUUGAUGUUUUUUUUUUUAAUAAUCAUUAUUGUUGAACUUUGUUUUUGUUAUAAAUCGAAUGUUCUUCCAGAGAACAAUCAUUCGUCCAUUUGUUUACGUUUUAUUCAGAUAAAAAAAAAUUGUUUCAAACGAAAUCUAAUUUAUUAAAAUUGUCGUUGGUUGUAUACCCCCGAACUCAUGGAGACAUCCAUGAAUUAGGAGAAUUUUUAAUAAUUUUAGUGUGCCGAUAGAGCCAGUAUAAUCAUACAUGUCAUACUAAAUGGUGUUUUUCGGAACAUUGUAGAAAAAAUUAUUUUUUAUAGACUGUUUUUAAAUUAUUAACAAUUGUUUUGGAACAACUUGUAAAUUAUAGUAGAUCAGUAAAUCACGUAUGAAUAUAUAUUUUACGGGCAAAUAAAAUUGGUAUGUUUAAAAUAUACAUCAACAGAAAGAGUUGGGCAGCAAUUUAAAGAAAAAUAACGUUUCCUUCUCAAAACUUUUACAAAAUACAAAUCAUAUUAAAUUACAGGGCUUCCAGUUAAUAAUCUAAUACUUAUAUAAGUUAUCAAAUUUAAUCAGUUAAAUGGAGAUUAAUCAUUUUCAAUAUUGAAUUAUUUGUUUUUAUCACGAAAUAAUAUUAAAUAGGUACUUUUAUUUUUACGCCCAACUCUGAAAUCAUGGUAUGACUUUUUAUCGUGGUUUUAAUUACCACUUAAUAAAAAUAUGCCUACAAUUUUUAAAACGCACUGAUUCGUUUUGUUGAGAUUUAAAAAGUAUGAAUAUAUAGGUGUAGUCUAAAUAAUAUGUAAACAAACGAAAUGCGUAUUUUAACAAUAAUCACUUUUGGAAUUAUAUUUUAAUACGAGUUGUUUGUUCCUAUUGUAGUGUUAUUAUUAUUAUCAUUAUAAUAAUUAUUAUUUUUACUAUAAUGACUUGAGCCUGCCACAUUUUUAAUAAAUCGUUCAAUUUAAUAAUAUACUAAUCGCACUGAAUGAAAAAUAAGCAAUCAAAAUAGUUAGUAUCAUUCUCUAAUUUUUAGUAAUACCUACGAUAAGUAUCGAUAUUCGAUUGGGAAAAUUUAAUUUUUGAAAAACACCAAUUAAUAAUCAUUUUAUGUUCACGUAUCAUAAAUAUAUGAUAAACCUGUAUUUAUAUGAUAGAAUUAAAUAUCAAUACAAUUAGUUUAGAAUAGAGAAAUUCAGCAAUCAGAGCGAUAAAUUUUUUAGACCCACUUAGAGAAUAUAUUUAAUAUAUGAAAAGUUUUGCUUAACUUGUUUUAAAAUAAAAUUUGUUUUAUGAAUAAAUUAUGAUUAACAAUGUUCAACAUACUGAUUUUGUUUAAAUAAAUAAUAAUAAUUUUUUUUUAUACUAAAUUUAAAUAAUAAUUUUAAUGCACUCGUUAUGAGAAUAAAAAUAAAAAAAAUUAACAAAUUGUUAUAAAAUUUGUAUUCUACUGUUCUAUUUGAUUGGUGUUUUCAAUUAUCAAAAACAUUAUUUGUAUUUUAUACUAACCAGUCGAACUAGUACAUAAACUAAAUAGUAUUGAUAACAAUAAUAAAAUCACAGUAUACGACAGGGUUAGUUUACUUAAUCAAUAUUUUGGUCUAUCAUCUAUUUUUCAUCAUAAUAUCAUGUUAUUAAUUACUAACUACUUAGUAAUCAAUAAAAUAUUUUAAUAAUGUGUAGGAAAAAUUCAAGCUUCAUUAUAAUAAAAAUAAUAUGUACUUUGGAUAAUCAACAAGGCUCAAUGAAUAUGUUUGAUUGUAGUUAAUUUUAGUGAAAAAAAUAUUAGUAUUAUAAAAGUUACCAGACAACCCCUUUAGGUUUUAGGCGCGCAGUUAUUGUGAUAAUAGCGUUAUGGUAAAAUUAAUAUUGUUGACUUUUUUUUAUUUAUUCGCUCUAAUCACCACUUCAGUUAUUUAGGCGCUUACAAAAAAAUGAUAUUCGGUCGACAUGUUUUAAUUAUAAAUAUUAGUUAUAUUUUGUGUAUAUAGUUCAAAAUAUACACUUUACGUGGCCGAAUCGACCGGCAUCAAAUAUUUUGCGACAGCCCUUUUUUAUCUGAUGUACGAUAUAAAAUGCACUUAAAUAGAGAAAUUAUUGUAUUGAUAAUUAUUGUAUAAACAUUAUGAGAAAAACGCGUAGCUUUUACAUCAUAUAGAAAUGUUUUAUUGUUAUUAAAUUGACCUGCUCGUACAUAAUAUGUUGAAUUUGAAGGAGUUAGUAUCGAAAACAAUGUUUAAAGCCUGUGAUUAGAUUUUUUUUCUAAAAAUGUGCUUACAUUAUUACAAUCAUUAAUGGAGCACUGCUAAAUGAGUAUUUGUUUUUGUUUUUAUUGUUAUUAUCAUUAUUAAUAAUGAAAUAUAUAUAUUAUAUUAUUAUAUAUUCAUAUAAUUUCAUUACAUUUUUAAAAUAAAAUGCUUUCGAUAAUUUUUUAGAUCGAAAUCGUUAAAAUAGUAUUUUUCAAUAAAAAUGGCUUUACUUUGAUGCUAACUCUUUCAAUUACACUUUCGUUGUUGGUUAUUCAUUUUAUUUUUGAAUUGAUCAUUGGUCAGUCGUAAAGAUUGUUAUUAUAUCACUGCUGUACUAAUAUACCGAUAUGCAAUCAAUUUGUACGAUUAAAACCACAUAAAUUGUUAUUUAUUUAUAUAAAGUUAUCCUUAUAAACAAUUAAUUAAAAGUAAUCGUAGAUCAAAAAUACAUUUUUAUCACUCCUGUAUUUUUAAGCACCAAUUUUGGUGAAUACCAAAGUUAAGCGAAGAAACUUUCUUAUAGUGAAAGUUGACUGAUAAACAUUAGGAAUACUACUAACUUUUUUUAAAUCUAUUUUAAACAAAUACUUCAUUAACAUGAAUGUUGGACAAUUUUUCAAAAUACUACUGUUUUUUGACAAUAUUUUCUUCUAACUCCUAAAUGACAUCAUGUAGUAAAAUGAGUAAUGUUUGGUUAUAGUUUGCCAAUUAUUUAAUUUGAACUAAACCAAAUUACUGACAUGCUUUUAUUUAUUAUUAUUUAUUUUUAUUAUACAUAUAAUAUAAUUGAUCAUAUUGUUAUUAUUAUAAGUGUAUGUUUAAGACUGAAUCAUUUAGUAGAUUUUUGAUUAGAUUCGUUUGUUUACAUUGUUAUUAAUACAGCUAAUUAUUAUUAUUAUUUUAUAUUAUUAACAUUUGAUUAUUUUUAAUUGGCUUGAAAUAUUUUAAAGAAAAUGUUGAUAUAUGAGUUCUUUGGAAAUGAAAAUGUCCACGAGUUUAAAAGAUCGAGUUAUUUGUGACCUAAAACGCUUUGUUGUAUAUUAAUUAUAAUAAUUAUUGUCUUUUAGGGUGUGUCGAUUGUUAAUCAGUUUUUACAGAACUAUGUGUGCAUAUAUUAUGUCGGGAUGAUAAUACCUAUUACACAUUUUUCUUUUUAUUUAUUUUAUAAAUAGUUACUCACUGUACACAUAAAAAAGUUCACGAUCAGUUAUUGUUUAUUGUCAUUAUAAAUAAUAUAUUGUAAUGUGCUUUAAGAAAAAAAAUGUAAUGUUUUGUUAGUACCUA